AUGCCAUCCAAGCCGGUGCCGCGCCCAAGCCCCAAGCCAUCGCCCCGGCCCAGCCCCAAGCCCUCACCUUCGCCCAAGGGUGUGCAGUAUAGCAAGCUGUGGGGCAAGGGCGGGGAACUGUGGCGCGCCACCAGCAGGCUGACAGAUCAGAGCUAUUCGGGUUACAUGGCAAACGAAGCUCGCAUCCCAACCUACCCAGUGCGCUUCAACGUAAAGGCGUUUGGUGCAAAGGGCAACGGCAGAACAGAUGACACUGCUGCCUUCAAAAAGGCCAUAGAUGCGGCCUCCAGGCUUGCCGCCACCAUGAGCCAGGCGCCUGAUCCCGGCAUGGGCUUCCAGAACGGCGGCCGCAGCGGCGUAACGAUCCUGGUGCCUUCCGGGACUUACCGCAUCACACAAACGCUCGAGAUAGAGCAGAGCAACGUGGUGUUGAAGGGAGAAGGGGCUGGCCGUACCACCCUGUACUAUCCCAAGAGCCUGUCUGCCAUCUAUGGCAACAAGGAGGAGUGGGCUGUGUCUGGGUCCUUCCUGACGUGA